AUGGUACAUAGAAUGUUGAUGUACAGUACUUUAUGUAAAGUCCUUCCGAAAGCUAAUGAUAGGGGCAUUGUCGAAAUGAUUACGACAGGUUUUACUGGUCAGCUUAAAGGCUGGUGGGAUAAUUAUCUUACCCAAGACCAAAAAACCAAAAUCAUCCAGUCUGUAGUAAAGAGAGAAGAUGGCCAAGAUGUCAUGAAUGCUAUUUAUACCCUAAUUAUUAAUAAUAUUGAGCACUUCUCUGGAAGAUGGUCCGAUAAUAGUGAAAGUAUUAGGACUCUGCUCCAAAAUCUUAGAUGUAAGACUUUGACAUCUUGGAGAUGGUAUAAAGAGGUCUUCCUUUCUAGAGUGAUGGAAUUAACCGAGAGUAAUAGUUCUCAUUGGAAGUUCAAGUUUAUAGAUGGUCUUCCCAUGUUAUUUGCUGAAAGAAUUAAGAAAACCCUUAGAGGUUCUAAUGUGAGUAUUAACUAUGAGGAUUACACCUAUGGUAACCUUAUAAAGGUAGUUACUCAAGAAGAUAUUUUCAAAAUCUCUAGAGAAUCUUAUAAGAGUAAGAAAAAGUACUCUGACGAGAAAAAGUCUAAAAAGAUUAAGAAGAAGGGAAAAAGAAAAGAGGAUUACGAAUCCAAAAAGGCUUAUAGAAAAGCCAAGAAAACCAACACUUGUUACCGAUGUGGUAGAUUUGGUCACUUUGCAAAAGAUUGCAAAGUAAAAAGCAAGAUCAAGAGUCUCUCUAUUGAUGAUGAUACUAAAGACUCUCUGUGUAAGAUUUUGCUCAAUUCCUCUUUGAAAAACUCCAGUCCAGACCACAUUGAUAAUGAGGAAAAUGAUUCAACCAACGAGGACCUGCGAGUUCUCCAUAAAGAAGACUAUAUGCCUUCAGAUGAUGAGUGCAUUCCUUGCAAAGAAGGACAACCUUGUACAAAAAAGGAGGAGGAGGAUAUUUUAUACAACAUAAUAUCCCAAUUUCAAGAUAUAGAAAUUAAUGUCUUGAAAGAUAACAAAUUAACAGCUCUACUAGAAAUGCUAAAAGACCUGGGUAAGCAGGAUGACAAGCCAUCCACCAGUUCUUUCCCUAAUAGGAGGAAAUGCAUAUUAUUCCCUCCGAAAAAGGUCCUUAUACCAUGA